CCAGCAAAAUUUCUGCUCCGACACCAUGAUGCGUUGGCCCCGAGUUGCCAUCUAAUCUCUUCUCUUCUCCUCGUGCCAAUGGGUGCCGCCUUCAGCUCUACCGGGAAAACCAAGAUAUUCUACGGUUCGUCGCCGCUGGCUGUGACGAUACGCACCAAGACGAAGGAGACGGUACGGAGUAAUCUCCGGAAAGCUAUUGAGGAGCGGUGUCCAACGUUGGCUUUUGGGGAGUUUGUGCCUGCUUGGUGGUUGCGAAAUGGGCAUCUGCAGCUUAUAUACUGCGUUACUGGGGAUUUUAGCAACAUAGAUCAUGUCGUUUACAAGAGGACGUAUCUGCGCCUUGUUGAUGGUGGUACACUAGGACUCGACUCUACGCCACCAAAUCAGGAUUCGUUCAAGGGCGAUACACCUGUUGUCGUUGUCAUGCAUGGUCUUACCGGUGGCUCCCACGAAUCCUAUGUCCGGACUAUCCUGGCGACUGCGUGUCUACCGGUAGAGAAGGGUGGACUGGGAUACAGAGCAGUUGUUAUCAACUUUCGCGGAUGUGCUGGCAUCCCGUUGACGAGCAAUCAAUUCUAUUCCGCUGGUUACACAGAUGAUCUGCGCCAGGCUCUUCUGUACAUCUCUCAGCAGUACCCCAAUGCACCUCUAUUGGGUCUAGGAUUUUCUUUGGGUGCCAAUGUCAUUGUGAGGUAUCUCGCAGAAGAAAAGGAGCACAGUCGUCUAUCGGCUGCAUGUGUAUUAGCCUGUCCAUGGGACCUUAAAAAGAACAAUGACGCCAUGGAGAGCACUCUUUGGGGCAAAUACGUGUACUCCAAAGGCAUGGCUAGCAAUCUCCUUCGCCUUCUAUCCCGGCAUACCGCAUCUCUAUCUCGUCAACCAGAACACUACGUCACCGCGGCAAUGCACGCCGCCUUUGCAUUAAAGUCCCCCACCCUAGAGCAAUUCGACGACAAAUUUACGUCCAAGGCAGGCGGAGCCCCACCGGUAUUCCCAUUCCCGUCGGCGACACACUACUAUACAUGGGCUUCAAGUCAUUAUGUGUUACCUGAUGUACGCGUACCACUGCUGGCUCUCAACUCUGCAGACGAUCCGAUUGUGCAGAAGAUCCCGGUGGACGUGGAUAACCCGAGUGUUGUGCUGGCUGUUACUCCCGGGGGUGGACAUCUUGGCUGGUUCGAGAUGGGUAAGGAGGGGGUGACGCGGUGGGUAACUAAGCCGGUGAUUGAGUGGUUGAGGCUUGUUGCAGAGGAUUUGGUGUUGGAGCGGAAGACGAAGGAAGUGUAUGUUAGUGAGGAUGGGUUCUUCAAGGAGCCUGGACGAGACGAUAUUGGGUGCAAAGUUAUUGAUGGAGGUGGAUUGGUGGAAGAUACUACGGAUAAUGAAUUGAUACAGGGACUGUAGCACCUAGAUACAUAGCAUAAACUUCAUAAACAAUAGAUAACAAGUCAAGGCUGUUUCCAAAGCUUUGCUAAAAUUGUAGGCAUGGUCUCGAUCUUCCUCGAUAAAUGACGCGUUGAU